CAAGCGUUUACAUAUUCACACAAUGACGAUUCGCAGCGAUCCCACACUGCACGUUUGAAUGGUUUGUCAUUAUACGAAAUUUCUAAGCUUAACCGCUACACCGAUUCGCUUUGGGGAGCAACGGUCGUCGAACUACAGGUUCCACGUUCACUCGCUUCUUUCCCUACCCGUAUGUCGUUGCUGACGGCCAUUUGUACGAGCUUUCAAUCAACAUUUUUUUCAGGACAAUCUACACCAUCAGCGCAGUGACGAUUGAGAUACGGAGAAUACGUGAGGCCAUAGUUGAGCGGACGCUGCACUACCACGAUAAACACACGCAGGAGAACUGGGUGACUCGUCAUCUCUCAACCUAAAUCAACCUGUUUUUCAUUGCUAUAUACAUUAGAUGGACAUAGCUAAGCCACUCAGAACCUGGAAUUGGACCAUGGAACCGUCACUCAUAGUCUGUUGAAAGAUGUUAAGUGAGAAUUGUGCUGGAACUUGACCUAGAGAGAUUCAGCCUUGUGGAGGAGGAUUAAGUGGACAUUUUCGUCUGAUUAUAGCACAGGGAGUUUAGGUAAAAAAAAACUCGCAUCAAUUGACGAUGUCGAUAGCCGGAAGUAUCGCAGGCGAGUCCGUGUACUAUGAAGAGCCAUACUCUGUUCCUGGGCCAUGCCGUACCUGUUGUAUGCGCUGCCCGUGUCCCAGCAUCCUUGCUUCCCUAGCCUUCUUAGGGGGCGCUGCGCUGUUCUGUCUGGCGGGAGUUCUGGCUGGCCAACAAGCAGCGGAACUCUUCCAAGGGACUUAUAUCGGCGACGAUGUGGACACAUGGAUUUCGUACAUUUCGAUAGCUUUGUACGUGGAGGUUGCUGUCAUGACGAUCUUUGCUGUGGCUCUCUUGGGUAUAUCUUGUCUGGGUACCGGGGCAGUGAGAAAAGAGUUCAUGUGGCGAUUCAGGUCACGAGCCAGAGGCAGAUGUCAGACUGCACUGUUCAUGAUAGUUGUUUACUUCUUGUUUCUGCUGUGGCUAAGUCUUAGUUUUGUCUCGCUGGUUCCCAUCAUCUUCUUCUAUAUCCAAAGACGUGGAAUGUGCUUGGCUCCUCCUCUGGAUGAGUCUGACCCUUCCGCCGAAGAGCCGUGCAUUGACCUCAAGCAGUGGAGUCUUGUUCCAGCUGAUUACAAGUGCACAAUCACUGACUGCAGAGACACAAUUUGUGGUGCCAAGCUUACGGCUUUGUGUGAUAGUAACGUUCUGCUGUGGUUUUCAUUGGCGUUCUUUGCGGCGGUCCUUGUCACGCUGUCUAUGCUCCACUUUCUGAUAAAUUUUUCGGCCAAUUUUGCGAAACUCCGAGAUCGAUUCAAGGAUGGCUUUGCCAAUCGCAAAUCAGGAGCCUACUUAGUUCGGGCCGGGUCUGUCAGGAGCAGUCGUCAUUCCAUGAGAGCAAAGAGCUCCUUACGAGCAAGCCGAAACAAUGUCUUGCGUGGAUCCCGAGGAUCUCUAAGGACAGUUAGUAACCAUGACAGCAACAAUUACGAGCUCAAUGACGCCACAAAUAAUGCAGAAACACUGCGCAUGACAGAGGCCUAUCGGAACCAGACAUUAAACGGUAGUAGGGAUGAACUGUAUGCCACGACUAAUAUGAAUCACGAUAGUCUGGGUUACGAUCGUGAGCCUGUCUCCGCCUUACAGAAUCACUAUGUAGAUCAACCUCAGCAGCCUCCACCAGCUUACGGUAGUCGGCAUGGCAUUGACCAACCAGUGCCGAGUAUCGCUGGUGCAGAGACUGGUCCUCCACCUGCCUAUGGACGCCCAAAUGCUAACGGUCGCGCACCAAGUCAUGCUAGUAGUAGCAUCAGUGGCAACGCUAGUGGGAACUUCCCAGCACAUUCUAAAAUGAACACUCUGGAUUAUAACCGAGAUAUUGACUAUAAAAGGGAUGACUUUUACCCAAGGAACAGUAAUUUCAACUUGAAGCCCACUAAUUACCAUGACAGCGACGUGUUGGAUGGCAUGGAUGCUGGUAGCGUUCACGGGAGUGUACAGCACAGCAGUGCGGGGGAUAACAGCGACGGUGUCUUUGGCAGUAGCCGAUGGGGCUAUAAUCAAUACCAUGCUGAUGAGAGAAGCCGACGCCCACUUAGCAGUUACGCUGAUCCCGAACCAGCCCCAUCUCUUGGCUCGCCUUUGUCUGACAGAGCGCCUCUUGGAGGCUUCAGUGAACAUUACAUAUGAUUGUUGGAAUGACUGACUCGUCUAACCUCGUAAAAUAGUGCGUUGAAACGUUUUUAUACGAGAAAGUAAUCCAAUGGUGUGUGUCCAAAAAUGCUGAUCAAAUCUUAUCCCUACAAAUGUAAGACUGUAAAUCUUAUGUCAUUUUAUGUUGGUAGUGACUAACCCCGGUUAAAGGAUUAACUCAUUGCAAAGGUUUGCGUAAAUGUGUGUAAUACCAGAAAAAGUUGUUGAUUGGUUUGAUAUGCAUACAAAGAUAUUGUUGAUAAAGCUUAUCCCCUAACGUGGUGUGGUCCCUAACGUGACCGUCUGACCGACUUUGAGUUUUCGCCUCUGUUGUCCUGCUAGAGCAAUUUUGCUUACCUUAAUUUCGCAAUACAUGAAAUUUCAUCAAACCCUGCUAGUUUGGCCUGAUUCUCCGUCCUUUUUAAGUGCAUAAUGAACUCCUUUAAAAUGCGACCAAAAAUAAGAAAACUGCUUUCUUAAAACCUUGUUCUUUGGUAAAGACUUAUCAAAGGAAACGCCAUAACUGGGGUGGGAUUGCAUCGCACGCGUUUGCGUGCAUUUCGUAUAGGUCACAAUUAUAUUUGUCAGAGACAUAUAACGCGCGCGUACCACCUGUCCACAAGCGUUGUGCCACCGAAGUAAUGCCCUAUUAUUUUGAUUGUCUAAUUACACUUUGACUGGAGGUAACAACGAUUUAUCAGGAUGUAUUGACUUUAAGAGGGGGGAUUCUUAAACGUAGAUGUUGGAUUUUCUGAGACUUGUUCCAAAGUGUUAGAGAACACUCAGUUGAUUUUUUGUCUACAUAUGGUUUUCGGAUGUCACCUCCUUUGAAUUUCGUUUUUAUUUUAAGACACUAAAAUUGUUCGUGAAGGUUUUAGCACCAUGUACAGUCCAAACCGCGUGAAUAGAAGCUCUGUUAAUCCUAAUCCUUUGUUCUUCGUUGUUUUCAUUGCUGAUAAUCCAAGGUUCCUGUCCUAACAAAGUAAUCUGCAAUGUCCGAAGGACCUCUUAAAUAAUGAGGUUCGACUGAUGGUAAUGCCAGUUCAUGUAUUUUGACAAAUGAAUCUGAAGGUUUUUAAGAGGUUUGGCAACAGUACAUCAGGCAAGUUGCGGGAAAAGUCGAAGUACGCCACGUUAGGGGACUCCACUAUAGUUUGUUGUGCUUGGUGCAGUCGGUAGUGUCUCUUGAUCAGUAUUACUCAGUACUCAAGGCCCUCGAACCACUAAAAGAUGGAAUGCAUUUGCCAUUGACAUGUAAUUGUUUGCUACAAUUUAAACAGGUAUUUUCUUUAUUCAGCGGUUUGGUUGGUUGGUUUUCAAGUAACUUGCUUUUUUUGUUACCAGUUUCCCCCGUAGACAAAGACCGUUGCGAUAAUGACCAAAAGGCAUGAUUCAGCAUUCGUGAAAGCCAUGGACCGUUCUUCCAAUCUCCAACAAGUUCAAAAUGGGUCCUGUGUGCCGUCAUUGAGUUUAGAUUUGAAGCAGUAGUCAGGGCAACCUCUUUACUGUACAUGUCUUUUUAAAGAAAGUUUACAACCACGUGUAAAUAGCUUCAAAUUGUUUGGACCAAAGGAUAGAUUAUGUAUAUAUUUUUGUAUCUUAUUUGCGCAAGUAAUGUUUGUAUUCACUUGAAGAUUACAAUGAAUGCAGCAAUUGGGAAGAGAUUCAAACACUUCAGUAGUUUACUGUUCUGUAAAAUUGGCCUUUAAAUCAAGUUAUGUUUCCUCGGUAUGUAAUUAACAUAGUAAAGGGAUGCCGGACUUUGUAAUUUAAAUAAUUGUAUAGUGUAAGAGGACUGCAGAUUUUCGAAAGCAGAAAUUGUAAAUAUCAUAGUUUCCAAAUUGUUGGGGAAUUGUAAAUUACUUUUUCAGAGAUGUGUAAAAAGAGGAUAGAACAUCAAUAUUCAACCUCCUCUUUACAGACUGUAAAUCUUGUGAACAUCGUAAUGGUGCAUAAAUUAGAUUUUUAGUUUGAGCGUUUGGUUACACAUUUUGAGACUACUCGGAAUGUUUAAUUAGUGCUUUGAUAUGGUUUAUGUACAUGGCUAUUAGUUUGAGUUUCUAAAGUUUUGUUUUUGAAAUAAAUGCCUGACUUACAGCCGAGA